AUUGCACAGAGCGUUUUAAAAAUUUACAUUUCUUUUUAAAAAUCAUGUCUCAAAAUUCGUUCACCACCCCUGUGUACAUCUGUGAGUUUUGUCGCAAAACAUAUGGUUCAAAGCGAUCAUUAAUAAGACACCAAGCUAAUUGUGGACCUAUAGAACAGUGUUUUUCGUGUGAUCAAUGUCUGAAAACUUUUAAACGUCAGGAUUAUUUAAAGUUACACAAGAAAACUUAUCAUUUAAACGAUAGAGAUAGUUUGACGUGUCAGACCUGUAGCCUGGUCCUAUCAUCCUUUGACCGCUACAGAAAACACAUUUCUACCUGCCAAGCCUCUUAUAUUCAAGCUUCCACCUCUUCCAAUUUAUCUUUUACAUGUCGUGCAUGUGAAAAACAGUUUCCCUCUAUCAAAGCACUCACGACACACACACAACAUAAGCAUCUGAAAUGCCCCACUCAGCAAGACGGUGGUGGUAGGGGAGAACCAAAACCUAAGAGGUCCAACAGACAAUCAAACGGGUGCUCUCGUCAAGCCAUUAACGGGCAGGUGCGGGAGUUUGAUUUCGUUCUUCGUGGUCAAGAGGGAGCCGAUCCCAUGUUUUACUUAAUGAAAAUUCAGUUUGAGAUCAUUCGAUUAUUGGAAAAUGAAAUAGAAUCAAAACAUUCUAUCAAGUGGGGCAUAUGUACCCAAUUCAAAUUUAGUAAAAUAGGACCUGAUGGCCAAAAAACAUUCACCGAACCUUAUUUUAGAACCAAAAUGACCCCGGCUACUGUAGCUGAUGACUUGGAGUUGGCUUACGCGCAGGCUGUACACAAAAUAAUGAUUGACAUGGACAAUUUUGAGGGGGACUCGUCGAAUUUAGACUUUGAAGAAGUCUUGACCGUUAAACUGACUGUGACUAUGUUUCAGCCUUUUCGCGGAAGUGCGUAUUUUCCUUUGCCGCCAAAGUUAAGGAAAAAGAAAUGUCUUCUCAACAUUAGAAAUAUAGAUGAUCAUAAAUGUUUCAUCUAUGCCAUUUUGGCUCACUUACACCCUUCAUUUACGUCUCAUAAGGAUCUCCCCGAUGAUCACAUACAGCACUUGCCUGAAUUACAAUUAGAUGGAUGUAAAUUUCCCCAUGCCUUAAAAGAUAUUAAUAAAUUCGAAAAAAAGAAUGAUCUUAGCAUUAAUGUUUAUGGGUACCAUGAAAAACUGGAAAAAGCAGAAGAAAAUGUAAUCUUCCCCCUAAAAAUCAGUGACAACGUGUCACGCGUUGACCCCAAACGACACAUCGACCUUUUAUUUUUAAAUUCGGACCAGACGUCUCAUUACGUCUUGAUCACUUCAUUAGCAGGGUUAGUGCGGAGACCGGGGGAUUCUAAUUCUAAACACAUAUGUCGUAAGUGUCUGUGGAUAUUCACUUCAGAAGACUGCCGUCUGAAACACGUUCCUUAUUGUUAUCACAAAGCUCAAAGAAUUAAAAUGCCCGAACCAGACAAGACGACGAGACAAUUUGGCUUAGGUCACAUGUCUAAAACGGUUAGGAUCCCCUUCGUGAUCUUCAGCAACUUUGAAUGCAUCUUGUCCCCCGUGGAGGAAGACGAUACGGCUGAUGGCCUAACUCAUCGCAUUCAACAUCACGAACCGUGCAGCUAUUCUUAUCAGAUUGUUUGCCGAGAACCUAGGCUAUAUUCUUACGAUUUGAAAACGUUCAGUGGGGAACAUGCUGCUCACUAUUUUAUGGAAAGCAUUUUGGCAGAUUAUCAGGAGAUCAAUAAGAUCUUGGAAGACCCGGUCCCUGUGCGUUUAACGCAGUGGGAUAAACAACUCAUCGAUUGCACGACUGUGUGUUAUUUGUGCGGGGAUGAAAUAGAACAUGACCGACAUAUAGAUCACGACCACCUGACGGGUGAAUUUCGGGGAGUGUGUCAUUCCUAUUGCAAUGUUAAUUAUCAAGAGUGUAAAUUUGUCCCUGUGGUUUGUCACAAUGCAUCUCGGUACGACAACCACUUAAUUUUGCAAGCAGCGGAAUUAUUUGCCGGAAGCCAACUUAAAUGUAUUCCCCAUAAUUCGGAACACUUUCUCAUGUUUGAAAUUGAUGGCCUCCGGUUUUUAGACAGUUAUAAGUUUUUAAAUACCAGUUUGCAAACACUGGCUACUAAUUUGAAAAGUAGAGGCCGAGAUCAAUUCAGAUAUCUUCGUGGUCACUUUCCCGAUCACGUGGACUUGCUCACCCGCAAACUUCCCUAUUUUUAUGAAUAUGUGGACAGUUUCGAAAAACUAGAAGAAACUGUCUUCCCCACUCGGGAUGAGUUUUAUUCCUCUCUGACAGAAGAGACCGUGACCGAAGAAGACUACCUCUUUGCACGUGGAAUAUGGGACACGUUUCACUGUCGAUCUGUCAGAGAUUUCAUGGAGCUUUACGUCUCUGUAGACACGUUGAUUUUAACCGACGUCAUGGAAGCGUUUCGUAGCAUGUGUUUACAGUAUUACCAAUUAGAUCCCCUCCAUUAUUACACACUCCCCGGAAUGGCCAUGGAUGCAUGUUUGAAAAUGACGGACGUGAGUUUAGAUCUAUUCACGGACCCCGACAUGUACAAUUUUAUCGAACAGGGUAUCCGAGGAGGAGUGGCAUCCAUCAAUCACAGGGAAUUUGUAGGGCUGCGAGCCAAAAAUUAUUCAUAUAUAGUGGACAAAACUGAAGGUAUAACGAAGGAAGAACUGAGAGCAAAGGGCAUUCAGAAAACAUUUAUUCGUAAGCAUCUUCGUCACGAGAUGUUCAAAGAUUGUCUUUUAAAACAUAAACAAACCACGGCCUCUUAUCAUCAGAUUAGAUCUUUUCAUAACGAAUUGUUCACCAUCAAAACCACGAAAAUAGCAUUGACGCCUUUGGAUGACAAGAGAUACCUUUUAGACGAUGGCAUCGAAUCCAAGCCCUAUGGGUACAAUCCUCUGUAAUUGGUUAAAUAAUAAAAUGCACAAAAAAAAAAUGUCCUUUUCUUUUUACGCAUCUUCUUUUGUCAGUAUUAAAUCAUUAAAAAUAACUUAUUCAAUAUUCCCCUUUUUAGUAAUUUAUUUAGUCAUGUGCAUAACAAACAGUGAUACAACCACCUGUGAUACAACCACCUGUGAUACCACUGCCUGUGAUCAAUCAUCUAUAAAGCGACCACCUGUAAUAUCAGUGAUAUAUUCCAAACGAAAGACAUAUUUCCCAUCUACCACAACAAUGACAAGACUGGAUGUUCAGCGCUGAAAUGUCACAAAUUGUGUGCUAGAUCUGCAUUCACAAGACAGAGAAUGGAAAACCCAGUGUUGCAUGUCACGUCUCAUUUGUGUGAACAGAUACUUUUUAGCAUCACAAAAGUAGUGCGUUAUCGACAACUUAUACAGUGGGAUUCUGUGAAUAGCUACAUAUGACAAACUUCAUAACGAGUAUGACCAAAAGUUACAUUUGGAUAAAUACGUGGCAGAGACACUAACAAGAUUAUGAAGAAAAAUAAAGGACACAUUCUUUCAACA